AUGAAUGCAUCUGCAUUUGAAGAGUUUUUGGUUGAAGAGAAACGAAGGGAACUUCAGAAACUUGCAGAAGAACAAGCUGAGAGAGAACGUCAGGCUGAAGAGCAACGCCGAGAAGAAGAAGAAAGAGCAGGAAGAGAAGCCGACCGAGCACAGGCAAGGAUUGAGGUUGAAAAAAGGCGACAAGCUCUAUACCAUUUUAUAAGACAGGCUGUUCCGUCCGUUGAAAGUUUAUGGCACAUAGAACCGACUGUAUUCAAAGAAAAGGACAUGGUUCGAAUUUUCUACAACAGAAGCUCCCGCCCACUUGCUCAUGCUACUGAGAUUUGGUUGCAUGGAGGUUAUAAUAAAUGGACGGAUGGUCCCUCUAUUUCUGAAAGGCUUUCCCGUUCUGAUAAAAAGGAUGGUGAUUGGUGGUAUGCUGAUGGUAUGCGUUAAUAUAAAGUCAGUCUUAUGUUUAGAACAGUGAAAACUGAAAGCAUAUCCUUGUUAAAGAUUACGCCAUUGCUUUCUUGCUUUUCCUUAUUUCUUGAAGUAAAUUUGAUCAUGGCCCCUACAGCUAUGGUUAAAGAAAAAAACUCUUUAGACGAGUGAAAAGGUUUUAAUUUGUGGAAAAAAAUUCAGCAAACGUUCGCUUAGCGCAAAUGAUAGGUGUAGAGGCCAUAGCAUGGGUGAGGAUUCAUUUUUUAGUUUAAACGAUUCAUUUUAUACUUUGAAAAGACUUUUUGUGUGCUUUCAUAAUGAAAAAUAUCCUUAUACGAGGAGAUACCUGUUCCGGGUAAGGGAUUCACAUUAAAUACCUUUUAAAAGGAGAUUUAGGUGAUUAGCAAAAUGGAGGUCUGUUAAUGGUCAUCGUUUUGGCAUGAAAACCUAGAAAAUCCGUUCUGGCGUUGCUCAAUUUUUUUCUCUUAGUUCAGUCAGUUCAGGAACGAAACCUGGAAUAAUCCAAGAUUAGAGCUCGUUUUUCUGAUCCACUGUGCCAUGAGAUAGAAACCACCACAGAUAUGUCACAAUGAAAAUAUUUUUUUUCUAUACUUGGUCGUAGUCAUUUGCCAAGAAAGAACCCAAGCUAAUAUUUUAUAAACAGUUAUAUGCAUGCUCGUCUUAUCAGAUUAGAGAUAAUUCUAGUUCGGUGUGCUAACUUUGCAUACCCUUUUAACAAGGAUACAAAUUUUUGGUAACACUAUUAUUUAUACCAUUUGCACUUGGUCUCUAAAGACGGUAUAAACUAGGCCAUUGAGAACAUUACUGAUCUAUAGAUUAUCUCUGCCUGUACCCAGACAAAGAUAGGGAAGCAAAAAUCACUGGACCAACAGAUGAGAGCUUAUUUACUUUACAGUAAAAGUCAGAGUAGCUUCACAAAGCUAUGAUAGUAAGGAAAUGUCUACAUUAAUAUGAUAUUCUAAGUUAAGAGCCAAACGUCUGGAAAAUAUUAUUGGGUCUAUAUUUAACUUUUAUUAAAGUUUGAGGUUUUGAGAUUGCUAUCAAGUUUUCUGAUAUCUAUUUUCUACUUCAGUUGCCUCAAAGUAAGAUUGGCUAGUUUUACCAUCUCUAGAUUCCUAAUACACUUGUUCUGUGUAGUUAUUGUUCCUGACAGAGCUCUUGUAAUGGAUUGGGUAUUUGCUGAUGGCCCCCCGAAGAAUGCUAGGAUAUAUGAUAACAAUAACAACCAGGACUUCCAUGCAGUUGUUCCAAAUUGUAUCUCUGAAGAAAUAUUCUGGGCUGAUGAGGAAGAGUAUAUAUACGACAAGAUUCAAGAGGAAAGGAAAUUAAAAGUGGAGGCAGCUAAGAGUAAGGUCAGUAUGGGUGUGACGAUAUUGGCUUAUCUUCCCUGA